AUGAAUAUGGAAGUGGAUAGUGUUGCGGAAAUCAAACGGCACAACAGUUUUACAAGCCCAAAUAACAAGAGACCUCCUAUUACGAGGCGUGUAGGAAGGGAACGCUGUCACAGUUACAACCAUACUCCUGAAAAAAGAUCUUUAGAUAGUCGUUUGGCUGUUCCAAGGAAAUUAUCAAUGGAACAAUGCAUGGAAACCGAUAGGGCACAUUGUGCAACUGAUACGGGGAACAAUGAGGUGCCGGCCACAAUGACUCGUAACUCGGCGAAAACUCCUCAACGCUAA